GUUUUCUUCUUCCUGACUCGGUCGCCGCUAAACCCUAGCGUUAAACCCUAGAGCUUGCUUCUCUGUCCGCAGGCGCAGAGAUAUGAAGCAAAAGAACCAGAAGAAGAAGGGCUUUGUCCCGAGAAGAGGCGGCAAAAAGGGUUCGAUCGAGCGCGACUCGUUCUUCGAGGAAGAGUCGAAGAAGCGGAGGAAAGUUGAUUACGAUGACGACGAUAUCGAGUCCGUCGAAUCCGACGAGGAGGAGAACGGUUUUUCCGGCGGAGGAAGCGGAGAAGAGAAGGCGGAGGAGGAUGAGUUUGCCGAUGAGACGGCGGGUGAGAGGCGGAAGAGGCUGGCAGAGGAGACGCUGAGGAGAAUAAGGGACGCUAAGAGUAAGGAAAUGGAGGAACUGUACGAGGAUGAAGAUAGAGAAGAGGAGGAUGGUGUUAGGGAUUCGCUUGUUGCUAAGGCUCUGAUGCAAGAGCAGCUAGAGGAGAGUGGUCGUGUUCGCAGAGCCAUUGCUUCGAGGAUUCAAAAACCAGAGAUUACUGAUGGGUUUCAUGUUAUACUCAAGCAUCGACAGUCCGUUACAGCGGUAGCUCUAUCCGAUGACGAUUCAAGGGGGUUUUCAGCUUCAAAAGACGGUGCUAUAGUUCACUGGGAUGUAUCUUCCAGAAAGAUCGAAAAAUACAGGUGGCCCAGUGAUGAAGUUUUGAAAUCGCACGGCAUGAAGGACCCAGUAUCUCGAAAUAAGAAACACAGCCGAGAAACUUUGGCUUUAGAUGUUAGCUUUGAUGGUCGUUAUUUGGCAACUGGAGGUUUGGAUCGUCAUAUUCAUUUGUGGGAUACUCGUACUCGAGAGCAUGUCCAGGCGUUUCCAGGUCACCGAGGGCCUGUUUCUUGCCUAUGUUUCAGACAAGGAACUGUAGAACUCUUUUCUGGUUCAUACGAUCGAACAGUCAAGAUAUGGAAUGCAGAAGAUAAAUCAUAUAUAAGUACAUUAUUCGGGCAUCAAGAUGAAGUUUUGAAUAUCGAUUGUCUACGGAGGGAGCGUGUAAUCUCUGUUGGACGUGACAGGACAAUGCAAUUGUUUAAGGUGCCAGAGGAGUCUCGUUUAGUCUUCCGUGCUCCUGCAUCAAAUCUUGAAUGCUGCUCGUUCAUCAAUAAUGAUGAAUUCUUGUCCGGUUCUGACAAUGGGACAAUUGCUCUUUGGACCAUGUUACGAAAGAAACCGGUUUACAUUGUCAAAAAUGCACAUCCUGUUACAAACGGUGAAGUGACCAUCAAUGGUAGUUUAGAAAAUGGUGAUCGUGAUCCUGGCAGCUAUUGUUCAUCGGCAUAUUCUUGGGUCAGCUCUGUCACUGUUUGUAGAGGAAGUGAUCUUGCUGCAUCCGGAGCUGGUAAUGGCUCUGUUCGUUUAUGGUCUAUCGAAAGUGAAUCCAAAGCCAUCCAGCCUUUGUACGAGCUUCCACUGUCUGGAUUUGUGAAUUCAUUGGCUUUUGCUAAAUCGGGUAACUUCCUGAUCGCUGGAGUUGGAAGGGAACCACGACUGGGAAGAUGGGGCAGCAUAAAAUCGGCACAAAACGGUGUUGCAAUUCAUCCCUUGAGGCUUUCAUGAGAGAUUCUCUCUUAAGAUUACAUCAAGUUUUGUUUUAUUUUUGGUCUUUUUUGGCCGAUUUGUUGUUAUAACCUGAGAAUUGGAUAAAAGAUGUGUCGGAUACGUUACCAUGUCGCCCGUGUUUUUGUCUUUUUGUUGUGCCCAUUUUUUGUUUACUUUUAUACGGAAGAGCAAUGGGGAUGAAUAUGUUGAGGCU